AUGGCCCAACCUUGGCUCGACAGUCUGUCCGACGACUGGCCCUCGUCCCCGAACUCACCCACAAGUCCUGUACCAGCCAGUCUGCCAGGCACCCCGAGUCGCAUUCCAGUGCCUGCACGCCGGCCCGCCGAACAACAAUCACCGGCCGACAGCAAAAAGAAGGUUUCGCGACCAUGCCAUUUCGUCAAAAGGGAGCCCCCGACCCCGAAGUCACCGCGAUCUCCCAAAACCCCGAAGCUGCGUUCGCCGGCCCCGACCAAGUCCACCCCCAAGAGCCCCAAACCCACCUCGAAGCCCACCCCGAAGCCCACCCCCGGGGCGGCGGCGACGCGUAGGCAACAGGCGAUGGACAACCGAUCCCCGCUACGAUCGGUGUCGAAUGUCUCGAGUCAGUCGGGGACCGUCCAGAUCAAGGCCCAAACAAACGCACAGGAAGGUGGAACACCAGAAUGGCGCCGGCGACUUCGCGGGGAAAUCUCCGGUGCUGAUCAACGCGAUCUCUUUGCUCCCAUGGGCCUGGAGAGCGUGUUCAUACCGCCGACACCGGGUUCCGCCAGCGCGCAACAAGACUCAAUACCGUUAUCGAAACAGGACAACCAGCUGUGGGAUUUUACCGACGCGACUUCUCGCCGGGACAGCGUCGUGGAGGAAGGCGAAGAGGAGCAACGCGUGGACAACGAGACGGAAUCGCCUCUAGGCACCGUGAACCAGACACUUUGGCCAGAGAAACGCAAGGAUCGUGAUCCGUCGGGACUAUCAGUGGGUGAUACGCAGCUCCGGACGGCCAGUGGAUUGGAGGACCUCCGUAAUGAGGGAAUUACUCCCAUAACCUUCAGCCGAACGAACACGGUGGGAGGCCAGGCUACGGCAGAGGUGAUCAAAUCGGCUCUCAAACAGGUCACCAACAAACUCGAGAGCUUAUCUAUGGAGACUGGCAGCCGCCCUGACUCCCCCGUCAGUGACAGUGGCCUCUUCUAUAACCACAGUGAACCACGCCCGGAAAGCUCUCCUCGCGAAGACAGCCUACUGGAUGCGACAAGCCAUUCUCUCCCACAGGACUUGUCCAUGGGUACGGUGGAUUUCAGCCGGCGAGGCAUCGUGAAUCGCGGCUCUUUCCGCCAUCGAUUCUCUCCUUCGCCCUUUCCUUCCAAUCGCCUGUCACCUUCGCUCGCCAACUCCAAGAUCCGCAGUUCGCCUCUCUUUACCCGCUCCCAGAACGAUCCUCCAACUCUGCCACGACCAUCCUCUUCUCACGUACGACCUGCAUCACGCGGCACACCACCCACAAGGGACGAAGCUAUGCCAUCGUCAGGAAGUCCAUUGAAGUUGUUUGGAGAGCAUGAUACAUUCACCAACAAUAGGUUGCUUCGCCGCAUGAGUCAGUUUGAAGAGACCUUUGACGACCUGUCCGAUGGUGAGGAGCCACCCUCGCCUUCAGAAGAAGCUCGGCGUAAGGGAGAGAGUCGGAGCUUCUUGAGUGCGCGACAUGAGCCAUUGAGCGAAAUCACCCCGGGGCGAAACGAGCGCCUGGCUUCUCGGAGUGCUCUCAAGGCCCACAUCAGCCGUUUUGGGCGCGGGGAGCUGGACAGUUUCGAUUUCUCGGACAACAGCCCCUACGAGACAAAAUUGGUGUAUGAUGAAAAUGAAGGGUUUGGAUCUCGCCCAACCUCACGCAGACAAGCGUCUGGACAGCGGAAGUACCUUCGCCGGGGCUCGCAAUCAGAAUACCACCGCCUUACCAGAUCCAGUAGCUCCAGCUUCACACAAAAACCAACUGCAUGGGCCCGACAGAACUUUUUAAACGAGCUACAGCAUGCCUCCCGGGCGACGGGCUCGAAUCAGAAGGAAAAUGUGGCCUUUCCAGAAACCAAGAGAGUCCCCAAGGCUCCCGGAAUGGACCCAACUCCAAAACGGCGCCGGACGAUAUUACGCGAUAGUGCAGAGCCCGAUCAUGCUCACUCAAUGGGCGAACAUGGCGUGAAGUAUGGCGACAGCAUGUCCCUCCUACAACGAAGUCUUUUGCAGCAUGGCGUGCAAUUCGAGAAUGGGAACUAUCUGGCGCCUCCCGCUCCGGGCCAGUCCACAACACGGCCCAGAACUCCAACCCCCAGCCAGAUACGGGCUGGCCAGGAAAGCAGCAUAUCCGCGACUCGCAAUUUUUCGGAACCCCCCUUUGAUGAGCUCGACUACUCGGAUUCGUUUUCUAUGGAGGGAGAAGUCCCACUGGUCAAAGUCACCGGGGCAAGCGAUACUUCGCGGAAGGGAUCCAUCACGACCCAGGAUUAUCUUAAUGAAGCGACUAAGAUUAUGGAUUUGAUUCGAGCCAAAGGCCGGCACGCAUCUGAAUUAACUAGUGUUCAGGAGUCUGACCCGGAGAGUGAGGAUGGCGAGCUCAGUUACGAUGACGAAUCAACCAGAGAAGCGUUUUCUCGGCCUCCUAGCCGUGAUGGAUCGGAUCUACGCAAGAUUCGAGAGCCAAAGCAGCUGAACCCUCAAAUUUUGAGCCAUCUGAAGAAGUAUCAAGAGAAAGAGGAUCUGGGAUAUGGUGAAUCAGUUGCAUCUAUCCAUAUCCACCAUGGUCAAGAAAAGCACCAAGGAACAAACACCAACUCUCAGAAUUCCUCAAUCCGCCGACAUUCCCAGGAACAGCGAAAGCGCAAGCCUAGUGGUCCCAUCGAGGACGCCGCCGAGAGCAUCGCCCACGACCUGAUGACCAUCAACACACAAAUGUCAGGGUUCAGUGUUCGCUCCGUCCCCACUGGUUCGUCACAAAAUUCUCAAGCGAAAGGCAUGUUGCCAUCUGAUUUAAUUUCUCAUUUGAUCCCGGAGCAAGUCAAUGGGUUCACCUAUGACCGGCUGAAGAAUCUAUGGGUCAAAGAAGAUGCCACCGAGCAACCUCUACCACAAUCCUCUCGGGGAGACGACAGUGAUGACGACCCUUUCAGAAAUAUUCCGGAUUUGAGUGUGGAUGAGUUGCAGGAGAUGUUGAGAGUUCAUGGCCCCGAAUCACCUGUGAAAAGCAAGAACCAGUCUCCCCUGGCAAAUGCACGCAGUCCAAUGGCUGAUAAGGUGGCCACUAACGAUUUUGAGCUUCGGCCGCAGACGAUAGAUGGAGAGCUGUCGACCAACGCAAGCACGGUCCAGUCCAGAUUCUCUCGACCGACCGUCUCCAGCUUCCCAAACGCCGGGACUAGGGCUACAUCGUGGGGCACGGAUGAUGUCCCAAAGAGAGACCCUUCUGUCGGCAAUAUGCAGCCAUCAGGAAAGCAGACUCGCACGGCAACUAUCGGCUUCUCAUCUCCUCUUGUUUCACAUGUCACGUACGGGGAUGGUUUCCAUGCUUCGGAGUCGAGCUCUAGCCCAGCGAAUCCUACUGGUACGGAGAAUACAAGCCAAGCAGAUCAACAAAGCUCUGUUGACCAGCCAUUCGUUCGACAUCCCAUCUCCCGAAUCGAAGAAGGCAACGAGGACGCAGGCGCUGAAUUCAGUCUCAUUUGCCGGAACGACUCUCUGGCUGUUCAACAAACACCUGCCAGAGAUGCAGUGGAGACUUCCUUGGUUCCCCUGCAAAGCCCGGGUCCGGACACAAGCUACAGUUUCCAGCUCACACCACUGGCGGAUUUUUCCGUUAACCAAGCCGAUAAUCCUCUGAACCUCGAAAUGAGCUAUGUGGCCCAGCGCACAAACCCGUCAUCGUUGCGCCAGAUGCACGGCACCUUUGCCCUAGCAACUGAAGACUUGAUCAAACACAUCACCGAUGUGGAGCCGUAUGAACCAUAUUGGGAGCAUGUGCGGCGCCUAAUUCUCCGAGAAAAAGGACUGAUCACGCUGCACAAGCUCAGCGAGUUCUGUCCGCGCCUCGAAGAGCUGGAUGUUUCCGAGAACGAUAUUGGCCAACUGACCGGCGUCCCUGCCAACCUCCGUACGCUCAAAAUUGCGCGUAACUGCCUCUCGAAUCUCACUCCCUGGGGUCAUUUGAUGAAUCUGCAAUACGUGGACGUCUCUGGAAAUGACAUUGAGACCUUGGACGGCUUCUCCAGCCUGGUCCACCUCCGGGAAUUGAAGGCGGAUGACAACCAGAUUCGCAACAUCGACGGAAUACUCGACUUGAAUGGGCUUUUGAGCCUGAAGCUGAGCAACAACUCCGUGACCGAAGUGGAUUUCGAAGGAUCUGAAUUGACUCGUCUUCGGGAUCUUGAUCUCAGUCACAACUGUUUGACCUCCGUUCACCAUAUCGAGUGGCUCCCAUCCCUUGUCACUCUCGAUCUCAGUUCCAAUCAGAUUCGUCGCCUUGAUGCGCCGCCUUCCCUCAUCAGCUUGCGCGCGUUGAAACUUUCUGGCAAUCGUCUCGAGACUCUGGACUUGGCGGCCUUCCCGUCCGUGAACCUUGUCUACCUGGACCAGAAUUGCCUUUCAACAAUUGCUGGGCUGGAAAAGUGCCACAACAUCGAAGUACUAUCUGUUCGCGAACAGACAUCAGCUACAGACAGCGUCCCAAGCUUCGAGUUUGAUAUUGAUCUUGGGGUUGUCAAGGACAUCCGCAAAGUCUUCUUGUCGUCCAACAAGCUUUCCUCCCACAGCCUCUCGCCAUCAUCUCCCCUCCUACGGCUGCAGCUGCUUGACAUCGCCGCGUGCGCGCUGCAGAACCUCCCCGAUGACUUUGCAUCAAGCUUCCCUAACGUCAAAGUCCUCAACCUGAACUUCAACUCGGUGACCGAGAUCGAGUCACUUGUGGGUAUGAACUGUCUCUCCAGGUUACUUGUGUCCGGUAAUCGCCUGUCAAGAAUGCGAAGAGUGUGUCAAGUAUUGAGUCGACUGGGACGAACCGUCAGGGGCAGCGCAUGCUCUCUACGAAAACUUGACCUCCGCGGCAAUCCCCUUACAGUCGGCUUCUACCCACCCGCGGUCACUGGAAGUGGAAGUGGUCCCAACACCGACCGCAAGAGGCUACAAGCAGACGCGAAGGCAGUUAUUCGCCGGUCACAAAACCGCCAAGAUCUCUCAGAUGCCCUGGCUGAUCUCGGGCACGAUGACGACCAAAUGUCCCAUCCAGGCUCUUGGGACCUCGGCACAAAGCCCGAUCGGCCCGUCGAGAUCGACGACCCCUACACCGUUCCCCCGGCCGACCCACAAUCCGACCAAAAGUACCUCUCCCAUCUCGACCGACCCACCCGCCUCCGCCGCAGAGUCCUCGAGCUCCUUCUCUACGCCGGAACAAACGGGUCCCUGCAUCGACUCGACGGCCUAGAUCUGCGACCUUCCCUCGGCGAGGAGUGUCUGGAUAUGAGUCAAGCGUGGGCGAGGCUUGAGCAGUUGGGCGUUCUGCGGAGGAAGGCCAUUACAAACUAA